AACCACUCUCCUAAUAUUUUCCUUAACACAAGAACAAUGGAAAACCAUCUUCAAGGUCCCGUAACCGUUUACCCUAAACCUAAUCCAACCAAAGAAGAAGAAGAAGAAGUUGAAGAAGAGGCGAGCUUGCUAGCGAGGAGGCUCUCGAAUGGAGUUGCCUUGCCCAUGGUUCUCAAAGCAGCUUUGGAGCUCGGCAUCAUCGACACCAUGGUCAACGUAGGCGACAGCUUGUGGCUCUCACCUUCUGAGAUUGCACUAAGACUCCCAACCAAACCGAGCAACCCGGAAGCUCCAGUUUUGCUAGACCGGAUGCUGCGGUUUCUCGCUAGCUACUCGGUCUUUAAAUGCCAUUCCGUUGUAUCAGAAGAGACUGGUCACACCGGAAUCGUCAAGAGGGUAUAUGCAGCAGAACCGGUUUGCAAAUUUCUCUUGAACAAUCGUGACGUCUCGGGUUCUUUUGCGUCUAUGUUCAUGCUUAACCUUAGCGACGUCUAUAUCAAGUCUUGGACAAAUCUCAAAGAUGUGGUAUUAGAAGGAAGAGAUGCAUUUAGUUCUGCCCAUGGAAUGAAAGUAUUCGAAUACAUCCAAAUUGAUGAGCAAUUUAGUAAAAUAUUAAACCGGGCUAUGUUGGAAUCUUCCACCAUAAUUAUGGAGAAAGUUCUGAGAGUUUACAAAGGAUUCACAGAUGUGAAGACUUUGGUGGAUGUAGGGGGAGGACUUGGUCAAACACUACGUCUCAUCACUUCCAAGUAUCCUCAUCUUAUUGGUAUCAAUUUCGAUUUAGCUCCGGUGUUAGCCAAUGCUCCUUCUUAUCCCGUUUCAGGUGUAAACCAUGUGGCGGGAGAUAUGUUCGUAAAGAUUCCAAAGGCUGAUGCCAUUUUCAUGAAGUGGAUACUACAUGAUUGGACGGACGAACAAUGCGUACAAAUACUUGAAAACAGUUGGAAAAGUCUUGAAGAAAAUGGUAAACUGAUAAUAGUGGAAAUGGUUACACCAGUAGAAGCAAUGAGCAGAGAUGUAUGUUCCAACAUUGUGUUUGGUAUGGACAUGACAAUGUUAACACAAUGUUCGGGUGGUAAAGAGAGAUCUCUUUCUGAGUAUGAAACUUUGGCACAUGCAUCGGGAUUUUCUCGUUGCGAAAUCGUAUGUCCCGCUUAUCCUUUCUCCGUCAUCGAAAUCUAUAAAUAGCAUUCAACAGUUGCAAGUAAACCACUAAAUUAAACAUUAAAACCCCAUGUAUGUUUUUUCCCCCCUCUUUUUCGUUACUUGGUAUUGUAUAAUGGUUUGUUUUUCUAUUUUAUCAUUGUGGUUGUUUUUUUUAAUGUACGUUGAGUACUAAUAACUACAUUCGGUGGGAAAUGGUUUUCACACGAGAUUGUAAUAUGUAAAUAUGUAAUGGAUAGAUUAAAC